CAAUCUGAAUUGGCGGGUUCCGUUGUUGGGUUCAAUGAGGCGCAUCCUGUAACGUAAGGCGGGUUGCACUGGUUCCAACCUUGUGGGCUGGAGACUCCCUCUCGAUGUCAGAAGUGGCGUGUACCUGAUAGGAAGCUGUGGUUACUAAGCAGGGACCAACAUGGCGAGCUAUUACAUCGGCUUUAUACUUCUCUGUGGACUUUUUCAUUACGGGUCAACAAUAAUGUGUUACGAGUGCAACAGCGCAAUAAACUCCCAGUGCUUAGAAGCCAAGUUGCCCGAUAACCUGAAGAGGAACUGCUCCGACCACGACCGAGGAGUCACGCACACGCUGUGCCGCAAGAUCGUGCAGCAUGUGGAGUAUGGCGUUAAUGGAAGGCUGCCGGAGAGCAGGGUUAUACGAAGCUGCGGAUGGGACGAGUCUAAGUUUAAGGGUCAAUGCUACCACCGUGCCGGCUACGGAGGCAGGCAGGAAGUAUGCUCUUGCAGUACAGACCUCUGCAAUGCUGCCUCAGAGACCUCAGCCACUACCGCUCUUCUCAUCUCUACUGCCUUCAUGAUUACUGGAAGAAUAGUCUGUCAAUGAUAAAUAAAUACUUAGGUUUUUUAUUUUAUUUAAAUUGAAAUGAAUUCGUAAAUGUUUGUUACAAAGUUGCAGUCGGAUAUACCAAUAAAAAAUUGAACUGAUGAUAAAUUCUUACAGUUAUAUUCAGGGGGCAAUAAACAGCAAAUUUUUAAAUAUUUGUGAUUUUUUUAUUAUUACAGUAGAAAAUAUCAACGAUAAAAAUUUUAAUAUAUUCAGA